GGCUGAGGCUUGGAAGCAGAGACAAAAAACUGCUAGAAAAAAACUCUGAAAAACUCUUCGGUUUCUGAGAGAGAUUUCUGAGAGAGAUACUCUGUAACACUCUGUUUUCUGAGAGAGAUUUCUGAGAGAGACACUCUGUAACACUCUGUUGUCCAGAAAAUGGCUUCGUCUUCCCGUGGUUUGCUCACUCUCUUUCCAGACCUUAACGAGUCAACAAGAGAGAUAACUGGUGCGGGGGCCAGUGAACCUCAACCAAGCGCCCCAGGGUUUGCUCCGUUGAACUUUCUUAUGCGGUCUGUGGAGCAAAAAAUGGCAGUGCAAACUGACAUUGAAGCCAAUCAGUAUACUUUGAAGUUCUGUGUGGAGACGAUGACGGCAGUCACAAACUUGUCGCACCGGCUGCAAAGUAGGACAAAUGAGGUGCAGCAUUUAAACGCCCAACUGGCUCUGCUCCAACGCAUGUAUAAGGAUGCGCGAGCAGAGAUAAGUGUGCUGAAGGCGGAAAACAAGGAGCUGAAGCGGAAGGCUACCGUGAUGUUCCGAUUUGGAGGUCCACCAUAUGCUGUAGUGGAGGAGCAGGGUGGAGUGAACGUGCUCGGUGGAGUGGGUAGUAUGGAGGCAGCGCCGGUAAGGGACACCCAAGAGAAAAGCAAGAAGAAGAGACCUGCAGCAGAGUAGAGAAGAAAAAUCCCACUGUGGGUGCGGGUGUGUUGUGGUGGUUUGUUUGUUUGUUGGUUUUUCUUCUUUUUUUUUUUUUUUUUUUUUUUUUUU